GUCACUGCUAAAACAAGUUCCCUACGAAUUCCGUACCUGCAGCUUUGUCUCACAAAACUCAUCAUUCCCCUCUACCUCUACCUCUACCCUCGACGCGACAGCAGCAUGUCGAGCCAAGGACCCUCGGCUUUAUAUUUUGGCUAAUAUGUCACCCAAUACCCUGGAGAAGCGAUUUACCGAUUUGCAAGACCGUCUUACCGUCUUGCAAGAUGCGACAAACCAGCUUAAGGAGCUAAUCGAUCGAUUAACCAACUUCAAUUUCCAACCUGGAUCCGUGCCUGUUGGCGUGGGCGAUGACGACAACGUCUGCUCAGAGCUUAGCUCCGAAAUCAACCAGAUACUACGCGAACAGGAGGAGGAGCUUGAGUUGUUACAAGAAGAGAUAAUAGACAUUCGACCAGGCAAGCCUAGUAGCAAUUUACAGCAUGACAAGGAUCGGUUAAAAGACGGUGCGAGCCGUCUUGGGCAAGAGUUGCAGAAUUGUCGAAUCGCCUUUAGGAGAGCCCAGAUGUCGGCAAAGCGCAACCUACAGCUUGCUCAGCGACGCGAGCGAGAACUUCUCUAUGCCUCCUUCUUGAACCAACGAUCCGGUGCCUCCUCUCCCGCAGCUGCAGAGGCUGCGAUAUCCAUACCGAGCCGACGAAAACCGCCAAAGCGCUCCGAGAUGAGCAAGGAGGACCAGAUGAUAAGCGCUAGUAACGACGUGACCGAGUCGAUGAGGAGGGCACAUGACCUAAUGGCUGCCGAGUUAUCCAAGAGCGACUUUGCCCACAAUACGCUCAAGGAAUCGACUACCUCUCUAUCACAACUAUCCGAGAACUAUUCGAGUCUCGACACCAUGUUAUCGAACUCUCGCGCCCUUCUCGGUACGCUAUUGAAGAGCCAGAAAACCGAUACUUGGUAUCUACAGUCGGCUUUCUAUCUCCUCAUAGUCACCAUCGGUUGGCUAAUAUUCAGACGCCUCCUUUGGGGUCCCACCUGGUGGCUGAUCUGGCUUCCUCUCAAGCUUGUCUUCCGGAGUGCGGUUGGCGUGACAAAUACGGUUUCACGGCAUACUUCACAAGGAGUCGGGUCCAACUUGGAUCCGGCUAUGAUGCAGUCUAUGUCACAACUAGCCCAAAUGAAUAAUGAAGGGGUUCCAACAGUCCACGUCGCCCAACCAUCACAGACUCCACGAGAACUAUCGGAAUCUACCAUGGAAGAGGUCAACGAAGUUAUCAAUGAGGCAGAUUCGGUGGAGGAGUAUCCUAAGGAAAACGAUACCGGAAAGGAAACUCAAGAAGGUCAGCAGGAAGAAACGCUAAGAGAGCGUAAAGAUGACGAGCCCCCCAACCCAAAGAAAAGGAUGAUGGAAGAGGACGCUAGUAACCAGCAGGAUGAUGGUAAUGAAGGUGGCGGAAGAAUCAGAGAUGAGCUGUAAGAUUAGAGAAAUAAGACCUAUCCUUACCGUGUCUGUCGUUCUUUAUUCGCGUCCCCC